CAACUACCCCAUUCUCAACUUCCAAGAAUUCAAUCAUCUCCAAAUUCACCGACCAUGACGUGGGUUCGCGGCGGCACCAUCGGCCGUGGGAGUUUCGCCACCGUCAGUUUGGCCGUUUCGAGGGCCGGGGAAGACCGGUUUCCUCCAUUGAUGGCUGUGAAGUCUUGUGGGGUUGAGGACUCUGCUACACUUAGGAACGAGACACAAGUGUUGAGUCGACUUGGGGAUUGCCAGGAGGUUCUCCGAUGUUAUGGCGAUGAGUAUAGCUGUGAGGGCGGUAGAGAGUUGUACAACGUGUUGUUGGAGUACGCUGCUGGUGGGAGUUUGGCCGAUUAUGUCAGGGAUUUUGGUGCUUUGGUUGAAUCCGAUGUUAAGAGAUAUACGAGGUCGAUUCUUAGAGGGCUUGAUUACAUUCAUGGAGUUGGGUUUGUUCACUGCGAUGUCAAGCUUCAGAACCUACUCCUCUGUUCUUCGCAUGACUCUGUUUUCUGCGCCAAGAUUGGAGAUUUUGGGCUCGCGAAGAAGGCUGAGAAAGUUGCAGAGAAGAAGGGGUUCAGGGGUACGCCUAUGUACAUGGCGCCGGAGUGUCUGUCCGGGGAGGAGCAUAGCGCUGCCGCCGAUAUUUGGGCUCUAGGAUGUGCGGUGGUGGAGAUGGCGAGUGGGAAGCCAGCGUGGCAGUGCCAGCCGGGGACUGACGCGAAUGCGUUGUUGUUUAGGAUUUGGGGCGGGAAAGCGUCGCCGGAGACUCCAUCGGAGUUGUCUGAGGAGGGAAAAGAUUUUCUUGAAAAGUGUUUCUUGCGUGAUCCGAGAAAGAGAUGGACGGCGGAGAUGCUUCUUGAUCAUCCGUUCGUGGCCGGUACCGACGUGACUGUUCCAUUGAAACAGUCCGACAAAGCCUCCACUUCCCCAAGAAGUCCUUUCGAUUUUCCGGAAUGGGCCUCCGAUCACACCCCUUCACCGACGCCGGAUUCUGAGGCCUGCUUCGACAGAGACCUCAAUUCAUGGCUCAAUUCAUCAUCUCACUCCUGGACAUCUCCCGCGGACCGAAUCCGGCAACUGGUGACCGAUCAGACGCCCAAUUGGUCAGUUUCGGAGGGUUGGUUCGCCGUCAGGUGAUCAUCGGCGAACCGACGAGAAGGUUCAGAGAUUUUGGAAGAUUUUUUUCAUCAAAUCCAACGGUCCUGAUCUUCACUUAUUGGAUUCAUUGUUUUGUACAUAACUAGGAUACACACCAAUGGCCUCAAGUAGUUUGAACGCUUGUGAUUGGCCAGACAAAGCGGCCUGAGUGUACAGGAGAUUUUUCCCCGAAAGGAAUAGAAUUUAUUACGAUAAUAUUUCAUUCAUCAUUA